CCUGCCCGUGGACAGAAGCUCAUAGAACGGGAUUUGAAAACAAACUUGACAUCUUUCUGUUGGGGGAAUCUACAGUCUUGGCCUACCAUUUACAUUUUAGUCAUUUAGCAGACAGCGUCAAAACGAUGGCAAAUCCACUCUUAAAUGCAUUUUUACUAGGAGUUAUGCUUCCUAUAGCUUCGUCCAUGGAGCCGUUUUGCAGUAGUAAGAUGGACGAGGGGAAGGCAGUGGAGGGAAAGGAAGACCACCAACUGCGGUAUUACUAUGAUGAGGGGGAAGACGUCUGUCUCCCUUUCUUCUACAAAGGACUGGAAGGGAAUCAGAACCGCUUCAACACAGACAGGCAGUGCAUGGAGGCCUGCUCUGCCAAGUUUAACGAGACCUACCCAGCUGCAGAGGCAGUGUGUGACCUCCCAGUGAACCAUGGUAGUUGUUUUGCCAUGUUGGUGAUGUACUACUACAACACAGAAGAGAGGAACUGCCGUAUCUUCCACUACGGGGGCUGUCAGGGCAAUGGCAACCGCUUCGAGACCAGAGAGCAGUGUCAGCAGACAUGCAUGGCCAAAGCAGGAAGGUUAGGUGGUGCUGUGGAACCAGGACCCAACCCAGAUGAGAGUUCCACUAAUGCAGGACUGAUUGUGGGUAUUUUAGGAGGAAUUGUGUUUGCAGUGGCGGUGAUCUCUGCUAUUGUUCUUUUUGUUGUCCAAAGGAAAGAGAAAUCAAGAAAAGGGAGCGAGCAGGUAUCAACUAUUGAGAUGAACUAGAGAUGUAUCACCUUCAACAGCAUUUUCAAGUUAUUUUUUUGGAUUUUGUUUAAAUGUUGUACUCUAUUUUGGUUGAAUAAAAAAGGAAAAUGUAUCCCAUGCCUUAUCUAUAUAUUUUUUGGUUUACAAACUGUGGGAUGUUGACAAAGUUAGCAGGUGAUGAGCAUUAACCAAACUGUAAAUAAUACCUGCACUAUUGUAUGUUGAAUGUUGUAACAAGGACUGAUCUGAUCAACUCUCAAACUGGUCUCAGACUUAUAAACUGAUCAACUCUCUUUUUCAAGGAAACCUAAACACUUAUUCAUGUUCAAAUUACAAUGUCAUGUUUUAAGCAGUGGAGGCUGGUGGGAGGAGCUAUAGGAGGAUGGGCUCAUUAUAAUGGCUAGAAUGAAAUAAAUGGAACGGUGUCAAACGUGAUUUCCAUAUGUUUGAUGUGGUUGAUACCGUUCCAUUUAUUCAAUUCCAGCCAUUACAAUGAGCCCGUCCUCCUAUAGCUCCUCCCACCAGCCGCCACUGGUUUUGAGUUCAUUAUUUUACAAAUAAGUCUUUCUUACAAACAAUUCAAUAGAAUGAUGAAAGGAUUUCUGUUUUUAAAAUUGGAUAUGAUACUGUUUGCAUUUGUACUUUAUGUACAAAUGUGAAAAUAAAUGCAUUUUCAGAA